AUGUUCUCUCAAGUACCGCUACGAAUAUCUAAAGCCACAACAACUUGUUUCCAAAACUGUUUAAAAUGUUCAGUCAAUCAAAUACGAUAUGCAUCUUCUAGUGGAGACCAGUAUGAUUUGGUUGUCAUCGGAUCCGGACCAGGUGGUUACGUUGCUGCUAUCAAAGCAGCACAACUUGGUUUAAAGACCGCUUGUGUUGAAAAAAAUGAGACUUACGGUGGUACGUGUUUAAAUGUGGGAUGUAUUCCCUCAAAAGCCAUGUUACACAAUUCACAUCUAUAUCAUUUGGCUAAACAUGGUGAAUUACAGAAACGAGGAAUCGAAUUUCAGGGAGUAAAUUUAAAUCUUCCGGUGUUUAUGAAACAAAAAGAGGACGCUGUCAAAGGUUUAACGAAUGGCGUAGCUUAUUUAUUUAAAAAUAAUAAGGUAACAGGUUAUCGAGGUUUCGGCACAAUAAGUGGACAAAAUCAAGUAACAGUGAAAAAAGACGAUGGAUCAACUGAAACACUAAAUGCAAAAAAUAUUCUCCUAGCUGUUGGCUCCGAAGUGACACCAUUCCCUGGCAUAGAAAUUGAUGAAGAAACAAUUGUUUCAUCAACCGGAGCUUUAUCAUUAAAACAAGUGCCAAAAAGAAUGGUACUAAUAGGUGCUGGUGUUAUUGGACUUGAACUGGGUUCCGUAUGGAGUCGUCUUGGUGCAGAAGUGAUUUGUGUCGAAUUUUUAAGUCAUAUUGGAGGUUUAGGCAUCGAUAUGGAAGUGUCAAAACAAUUUCAAAAAAUUUUAACCAAACAAGGUUUAAUAUUUAAAUUAGAUACAAAAGUGACUGGUGCCGAAAAGACGGAUUCAGGAGUCAAAGUACAUGUUGAAGGCGCAAAAGGAGGCGAUAAAAAAGAAACACUUGACUGCGAUUCAGUAUUAGUUUGUAUUGGACGAAGACCGUAUACUAAAAAUCUUGGACUCGAAAGUGUUGGUAUCACAUUGGACAAACGUGGAAGAAUUGAUGUCGAUAAACGUUUUCAAACGUCGUGUAAAAAUAUUUAUGCGAUUGGAGAUUGUAUUCAAGGUCCAAUGUUAGCGCAUAAAGCUGAAGAUGAAGGUAUAAUAUGUGUUGAAAGUAUCGUAACGGGACACGAUCCACAUAUCGAUUACAAUUGUAUACCAUCUGUUAUUUACACGUUUCCCGAAGUAGCGUGGAUUGGAAAAUCUGAAGAACAACUAAAAGAAGAAGGUAUUAAGUAUAAAAUUGGAAAAUUUCCAAUGGCAGCUAAUAGUCGGGCGAAAACAAUUAAUGAAACAGAUGGAUUUGUUAAAGUUUUAUCGGAUGAAAAAACGGAUCGAUUACUUGGAGCACAUAUAGUCAAUUCAGUUGCUGGUGAAUUAAUCAACGAAGCUUCACUUGCACUUGAAUAUGGUGCGUCUAGUGAAGAUAUCGCUCGAGUUUGUCAUGCACAUCCAACUUGGUCUGAGUCAUUCAAAGAGGCAAAUUUACAAUCCUAUGCCGGAAAAGCGAUUAAUUUUUCAUAA